CUCAGAGAGGUUAUUGAACACGGAGGAGUGGAGCUAACAAGGUUUCCGAAAGCGGAUGCAGGCGCAGCGACGGAUAAGGCGGAUGGAUACGGAGGAUAUGGGCGUGAGGCAUCCCGUGGCCUCUCAUCAGACUUCCACAGCGGCGGGGAGCGGACGCAGGUGAACCGGCGCCAUGAGACCGACGUGGGCCUGGACAGCGCUCGUCUUCCUGCUGGUUCAAGGAGCAUCAAGAGCCUGCACAGUGAAGAAACUGGGCAGCAGCCCAGGAAGAUUUGCCAACGCCACAUUAGUGCGGCUGUCUGAGUUUUUGAGCGCGGGGUAUAAGAAGGGGGUGAGACCCGUGAAGGACUGGAGGACGUCCACACUAGUGGCCAUCGACCUCAUGGUUUACUCCAUCCUCAACGUGGACGAGAAGAACCAGGUGUUGACAACGUACGUAUGGUACAGACAGGCCUGGACGGAUGAAUUCCUGGUGUGGAACCCAGAAGACUUUGACGAAGUCAAACAGGUGUCCAUACCCACAGCCAACGUGUGGGUGCCUGACAUCCUCAUCAACGAGUUCGUGGACGUGGGAAAGUCCCCGGACAUCCCUUAUGUCUACGUGACGCACGACGGCCUGGUGCGCAACUACAAGCCCAUCCAGGUGGUCACGGCCUGCACUCUCAACAUCUACAACUUCCCAUUUGAUGUCCAGAAGUGCAGCCUCACCUUCCAGAGCUGGCUGCACACCAUUGACGACAUCAACAUCACCCUGAUGCGAAGCCCCGAGGAGCUCAGGGAGGACAAGAGCGUCUUCAUGAACCAAGGAGAGUGGGAGCUGCUGCACAUACUGUCCAACUACAAGAUCUUCAGUGUGGACAACGACGACUAUUAUGCCGAGAUGAAGUUCCAUGUGGUGAUCCGGCGGCGGCCGUUGUUCUACACUGUGAACCUGCUGCUGCCCAGCAUCUUCUUGAUGGUGAUGGACAUUGUGGGUUUCUAUCUGCCGCCAGACAGCGGAGAGAGGGUUUCCUUCAAGAUCACUUUGCUGCUGGGCUACUCGGUCUUCCUCAUCAUUGUAUCCGACACUCUGCCUGCCACUGCCAUAGGAACCCCUCUGAUAGGUGUGUACUUCGUGGUCUGCAUGGCCCUGCUGGUGAUCAGCCUGACCGAAACCGUCCUCAUUGUGCGUCUGGUCCACAAGCAGGACCUGCAGCCCCCCGUGCCUCAGUGGGUGAAGUACUUGGUGCUGGAAAGAGCUCCGGUCCUCUUCUGCAUCCACAAGAAGCACAGCCUGUGCCCCACGCUGUCCUCCCAGGGCACCGAUCUGGAGCAGUACAAGGACAACAACUACGGGACUGCUCAGUGCCCCCUCCACCACACCUGCGAGAUAGGCCGAAGGCUCAGCCACCACGACAGAGAGGGCCGGCUCCUCGGCCUGGGCCUGCCGCCGUCCAGGGACCCCGGCCCGCCCGUCAUGGACAACAUCCUGCACGAAGUGACGGCCAUACGCCACUUCCUGGAGAAGAGGGACAGGUGCCGCGAGGUCGCCAAGGAGUGGCUGCAGGUGGGCUACGUGCUGGACGUGCUGCUCUUCAGGGUCUACCUGGUGGCCGUGGUGGCGUACAGCAUCACGCUGGGCACGCUGUGGUCCGUGUGGCAGGUCGCCUGAGUCUCGCCCCUCUUAACCGCUGUGGACACGAGCUCAGCGGGGAGAGCGCUGAAUUCAACGGGCCGGUUGUUGGCUCUACGCCCUGUGCAGCUCGGUGUAGAGGGAGGCACGUGUGUAGCGACCGGACAGGGAAAGGCUUCACCUGGUCGGGGGGGCGAUGUACAAGUCAAGUAACCAAAUAUCCCGACGAGUAUUAUCGCUAUUAUGAACAUUUUCGCUUUGACCAGAGAGUUUUAAAGUCGCGUUUGUGUGUGCGUUAUGAUAUGUUUGUCCAAAGGCCUCACACACUUAUAGAUGUAAUGAGUGUUCAACAUUAAGACGGAUUAACAACAAUGACAGCAGCAGUAACGCAACGGGAAAGAAAGACUUCAACAAAUACAUUAAUCGGGCAAAAUGUUGAGUGUUUUGUAUUUACUGAAUUAUGAUAGAAUUAAUUAAAAAAAGAGCAACAGACCAGAAAGCAUCAUAUCAAACACGGUAGUUUUGUCUGCUUGUGUUUCAGAAGCCUUGAAAUAAUCAUAUUUUGGGGUUUAAUCAGCCAAUUUAAAAACAAACAUGGAAUAUCGUCACAUUAUUCAGUGCCUUCAAAAACAAAAACACCUGAAAAGCCAGAACAUGUUUUGAUAAAAGGUCCAUCAAUGACACAGUUUAAGAAUGAAGAAUGGACCAAGAGGCAGGCUGUUGAGAUGUGGGACAUUUAAAAUAUAUAUUUAUUAUUUAUAAAGGUUAAACGUUGCAGUAUACAUCUACAUCAAUAAAUAAGGUAUAUAUUUACAUUAAACAAUAUAUGAACAAUUGAUAUGGGUACAUAUAAGUAUAGUAUUAGUAAGUUAUAAGGGCAUAUAACCGGUUUUGCACUACAUGUAUAUUAAAGAAGCAUUUGACUGCUUGUCCCCUUUCCUUGAAUGUAGAAUUUAUAUAGAUAUACAUACAGAUCAUACAGAUUAAUUUAAGCCUAUUAUUAGUUUAUUUAAUAAAUUAUAAAGUGUGUAAAAUGGUGAAAGCUUGUGAGGCUUCUACUACGUCAAUAUAUGUUCAACGUCCCCUCAUGUAAUAAAAUCUGUCCAAACACUCUGCUAGUGUUGAACGGGACUUGAAUAACGUGUCUCAACAACAGAUGUUUUCUGUGUUUUUUUAUUUUGUUGCAAAGAAAAUCCUGUACCACUUUCACCUUACUUUUAAUGAAAUGUUGUGUGGGCCACAAUUAAAGGAAUAAGAAAAUGCGUGAA